AUGUCCUCGAAGGUUCAUGAUGAGAGAUCGCCGCUACUGGCAAAGUCGAUCGACGAUCCGGAAAGCGGGAGCGGCUCAGGAUCCGUCUCUCCUCCUCUCAGUACUCCCGCCGAGACCAAUCCCACUUCAGAUGUGGAUCCGGCAGGAAAAGCGCGGCUGGGAUUGAUCAUGCCCGCGCUUAUGGUCGGAGUCUUCCUCGCUGCGCUCGACAAUACCAUCGUCGUUGCAUCCUACGCUCGGAUCGGUUCGGAGUUUCAUGCACUGAAUGAAGCAAAUCUGAUCGUGACGUCCUACAUGUUGACAGUUACCGCCUUCCAACCUCUAUACGGCCGAUUUAGCGAUAUUUUCGGUCGCAAGUUUGCGUUGCUCACGUCGUAUACGAUUUUUGGGUUGGGAUGCCUUCUAUGUGGGUUGGCGCGGAACUUGCCAGAGUUGGUUGCUGCCAGAGCUUUUGCUGGUGUCGGAGGUGGUGGGAUGACGAUUGUCACGAGUGUGUUGUUGAGUGAUUUGGUGAGCAUUAAGGCGAGAGGGACGUUCCAGGGGAUUGUCAAUAUCGUCUUCGCCACGGGAGCAGGGUUGGGUGCACCAAUCGGUGGAUGGCUCGCUGAUGGCAUCGGCUGGCGAAUGGCAUUCUUGGGACAAGCUCCUGUUACAGUUAUUGCCUUCCUCGGCGUAUAUUUCACCCUCAAGACCCACCCAGUGCAUUUGCAAGAACCAAGGUCUGCCAAGCUCAAGCGUGUUGACUUUGCAGGAGCAGCCACUUUGGUGGUCGCUAUCAGCUUCUUCGUCGUAGCUUUCGACGUUGGCGGUAAUGUGCUUCCCUGGACUCACCCGCUCGUACUCACUGCGAUUCCUCUGUCUAUUGCUUUCUUCGUUGCCUUUGGCUAUGUCGAGGCCAAGAACGCUCGUGAACCAAUUGCGCCCGUUCAUGUUGUGACUGCAAGGACUCCUCUCGCCGCACUUAUCUGCAAUUUCUGCGCGUUCAUGAGUUACUUUGGUAUGAUCUACAAUGUACCCCUGUACUUUCAGCUUCUGGGCGAAAGUGCUUCGAAGAGUGGAACAAGAUUGCUGCCCUCUAUCAUCGCUGGGUCAGCCGGUUCAUUGUUGGGAGGCUUCUUCAUGCACUGGACCGGCAGCUAUUACUGGAUCACGGUGAUCUCAUACACUCUCCUCGCGAUUGGUCAAGGUUCACUGGUUCUCUGGGAUGGGCACAACCCGUUCUGGCAGUAUACUAUGUCACUGGUUCCAAUCGGCUUGGGCAACGGCAUCGGGGUUACUACUACUCUUAUCGCCAUUAUCCACAACGUAUCCAAGGCAGAUCAGGCUACUGCGACUGGUCUCUCUUAUCUGUUCAGAGCGACGGGAACUGUGCUCGGGGUUUCGCUCAGCUCCUCCAUACUCCAGAAUUACUUGAAGACACGACUGCCUAGGGUCAUUGUUGGACCAGGCGCACCAGAUAUCAUUGAGAAGGUUAGACAGAGUGUGACGUAUAUUGCUGAUCUCCCGGCAGAAAUGAAGGGGGUUGUUGUGGGCGUGUAUCUGGCGGCCAUCAGAAUCUGCUUCUUCUGCACCAUGUUCGUCGCUGCUGGAGCGGCAGUUUCUGCAUUGUUCAUCAGGGAGAAGAAGUUGCACAACUAG